ACGGGCCAACUUGUUCUAUCGGUAAUCAACUACUGCUAUACCUUCUUCUUCAAUUCAAAGCCAAAAAAAAAAAGCUACCAAAUUUCUCAUUCCAUUAGCUUAGAUAUCUGUGUUGCAGAAAGUCAUUGGUAAGAGUUAUUAAUUUGUGUUUCAUGGCCGUUUCUCCUCGGGUUUUCCCGCCAAGAAAGCGCUGGCCGUCGACGGGCUCCUCCAUAUCUCCGAAAUUUGCAGACUUGAACCUGGUAAAAUCUCUUCUUUCUUUGUCUCAAGAAAUCUCCGCCCUCAAACCUAUUCAAUGUCUCCUAAUACAAAAGUCCCUUUCCACCAUAAACAAGUCGAAGCUUCUAGCUAUCGUAUUCGAGGAGCUUCUUCGCAACCCAGUUUCCACCUCCUUCUCUCCUUCGAUCCUCCUCUGCUUCGAAGAAAUGUACUUAGUUUUCCAGAGAAUAAAGACUUUAAUGGAAGAUUGUUGCAGCGGAAGCAAGAUGUGGCUGCUCAUGCGAAUCCAACCAUUGGCCAACAGUUUCCACGAGCUCACCCUCGAAUUGUCCACUCUCCUCGAUAUCUUCCCCGUCAAUGAAUUGGAUUUGAGUCAAGACGUGGAGGAGCUCUUCGUUUUGGUAAGAAAACACUGCUUCCAAUCUAAACCAUCGGUAGAUCCCAGAGACGAUUCUCUCAGGCGAGAUGUUCUAGCUUUGCUUCAUCAGAUUAAGAAAGAGAUCGUCCCUCAUCACUUAAAGCUUAAACAGAUUCUGGAUAAUUUAGGGUUACGCGACCAAUCAAGUUGUAGAGAAGAAAUCGAGUGUCUCCAAGAUGAAAUCCAGAACCAAAUCGAUGAAAAGUCCAAAUUAGAUAUUGCUUCUUUGAUUGGUCUCCUUCGUUAUGCUAAAUGUGUUCUAUUUGGAUCUUCAACGACGCAACUGGAACCAGACCAUCGCCGGCGGAAUUCAUUGUCGGAGAUUGCUGUUCCGGCGGACUUUCGGUGUCCGAUAAGCUUAGAGUUAAUGCGGGACCCGGUUGUCGUGGCCUCUGGACAGACGUACGAUCGCGAAUCGAUUAAUCAGUGGAUUGAAUCUGGACACAACACGUGUCCAAAGACUGGUCAGACCCUGGCCCACACCAAUCUCAUCCCUAACCGCGCUUUGAGGAAUCUUAUAGCCAUGUGGUGCCGCCAACAGAGAGUCCCGUUUGAAACCGUGGGAAGUAACGAGAAAGUUAGCGGUGUCAAAGCCACCAAAGCCGCCUUUGAAGCUACGAAAAUGACGGUGUACUUUUUGGUCAACAAACUUUCGGCUUCUCCAUCCAUGGAGGCAGCUAAUGCCGUCACUUAUGAGCUUCGAGCCCUGGCUAAAACUGACUCCGACAGCCGAGCCUGCAUCGCUGAAGCUGGCGCAAUUCCGAUCCUUGUCAGAUGUUUAGGUUCGGGUGUAGGCUCCGAACACCCAAACCUUCAAGUCAAUGCCGUUACAACGAUUCUUAAUCUUUCCAUCCUAGAAGCAAACAAAACGAGGAUAAUGGAAACCGACGGAGCUUUAAACGGUGUUAUCGAUGUAUUACGUUUUGGUGCCACAUGGGAAGCCAAAGGAAAUGCGGCAGCUACAAUAUUCAGCUUAUCCGGUGUUCACACCUACAGGAAAAGGCUGGGGAGGAAGACACGUGUCAUAAAAGGAUUGAUGGAUUUGGCAAAAGACGGGCCCACUAAUUCUAAAAGGGAUGCACUCGUGACUAUUUUGAAUUUGGCGGGAGAUAGGGAGACCGUUGGGAGGCUAGUGGAAGGAGGAGUUAUAGAGACGGUGAUCGGAGUCAUUAACGUGCUACCAGAAGAGGCCGUGACGAUACUCGAGGCGGUGGUGAAGAGAGGCGGACUGGUGGCGAUUGCAGAGGCUUACAAUUCAAUUAAGAAACUGGGUGUUAUUUUGAUGGAAGGAUCGGAUACUGCGAGAGAAAGCGCAGCAGCUAGUUUAGUCACUAUAUGUAGAAAAGGGGGAUUGGAGGUUGUGGCAGAGCUGGCAGCGGUUCCAUCGAUCGAAAGGAUUAUAUGGGAAGUGAUGGGGACGGGAACAAUGAGAGCUCGACGGAAGGCUGCGGUGCUGUUGAGGAUUCUUCGGAGAUGGAGUGCUGGGUUGGAUACGAAUGAUGUUGUGGAUAGUUCAGUCAUGAGCGUGGGUACAUUAACAACAAUGUUGCCAGCAUAAUUGGAAACCAGUCGUUUCAUUUUCUUAAAAUUUUACCCCUUCUGUAUUGCCGCUAAAUCUCACAAAUCAAAAAUCAUUCUUUCAUACUCUAUAAACUUACUUUCAAAAGAACCAGGAUCUAUUCAUUGCUUUUAUUCCA